AGGAUCCAGUGGGAAGGGAGGGCGAGCCAGGAGACCCUGAGCAACUCCGAGUCGGCCUAGUGGGCCCCGAGCGGCGGUGGUGGGAAGACGCGGGGAGGAGGAGGAGGAGGGAGGAAGACCGCGCAGGCCGCCUGGACCAGCGCAGGAAAGGCGGGAGGCGGGCGAGGGCAGCUGGAAGCUCCGCCGUCACGCCGCGCCGCGCCGCCCGAGGCCGAAGGGGAGCCGCCUGUCGACUGAGGGGAUCCUGAGAUGCCGCCGCCUUCGCUGCUUUAGAGGUCCGCGAAAGAACCACGAGGCCGCCGCCGCCUCUCUCUGCAUUCCGGGCGAGGCGGGACCGAGAGCCGGCGCUUCCCCCUCCCGGCCCGCGGCGGCCAUGGCCCGCGGCGGUGAAGAGGAGGGCCGCCCGCCCGAACAGGCCGCCUCUCCUACGGAGGCCUCCCAAGGCGGCGGUUCUGGGCGCCGGCCGCCCCCGGCGCUUCCUCCUGCUCGGCUGCCACGGCUGGGCCUGGGCCUGGCCUUCCUGGCGGCGCUGCUGGCCGCCAAAUACUACCGGGACGCGGAGGCCGCCCGGCGGCAGGAAACAGCCCUGAAAUCUCUGGGAAAUGAGGGACUUUUCCUCUUCUCUUCCCUGGAUACUAACAAUGAUUUGUUCAUCAGCCCUGAGGAAUUCAAACCAAUUGCAGAGAAACUGACUGGCAUAGUUCCUGUGUCUGGCACGGAGGAGGAAGAGGUGAUGGAUCCGAAUGGGGAGACACUCUCUAUCCUUGCAAAAUUCCAGCCACUGUUGAUGGAAACCAUGACAAAGAGCAAAGAUGGCUUCCUUGGCAUUUCCCAUGUGGCCUUUACUGGGCUCCGCAAUUGGACAGCUCCUGCUUCACCCCUCAGUGUGAUGUUUGCUAGACAAUUCAAGGCCUUUCUUCCCCCAAAGAAUAAGUUGGAACUUGGUGAUCCAUGGUGGAUCAUUCCCAGUGAAUUAAACAUAUUUACCGGAUAUCUUCCCAAUAAUCGUUUCUCCCCUCCAGCUCCCAAGGGCAAGGAGGUCAUCAUUCACAAGCUCUUGAGUAUGUUCCACCCACGGCCAUUUGUGAAAACUCGUUUUGCUCCUCAGGGAGCAGUGGCCUGCAUUCAAGCUGUAGCAGAGUUCUACUACAAAAUAGCCUUCAGAAUCCAUGCAGAAUUCCAACUGAAUGAGCCUCCAGAUUUCCCAUUCUGGUUUUCUCCUGCCCAAUUCACGGGCUACAUUGUCUUCUCAAAGGAUUCUUCCCAUGUUCGAGAGUUCAAGCUAUUUGUCCCUAAUAACAGGUCUCUCAAUGUAGAUAUGGAAUGGUUAUAUGGUGCCUCAGAGAGCAGCAACAUGGAGGUGGAUAUAGGAUACUUACCUCAGAUGGAGCUGGAGUCUCUGGGACCAUCUACCCCUUCAGUGAUUCAUGAUGAAAAUGGGAACGUGAUUGACAGCAGAGAAGGAGAACCGAUUCAAUUUAUUUUUGAAGACAUUUCCUGGCAGAAAGAAAUAAGCUGGGAAGAAGCAUCUGGGAAACUGGAAGUGGUCAUGUAUCCAUUUAAGAAAGUUUCCUACUUUCCCUUUACCCAGGCUUUUGAAAAGGCCAAGUCUGAGGGUAAACUUGUUCAUUCCAUACUCUUAUGGGGAGCCUUAGAUGAUCAGUCAUGCUGAGGUUCGGGGCGAACUCUCCGGGAAACAGUUCUGGAAAGUUCGCCCAUCCUUGCAUUCCUGAACGAGAGUUUCAUCAGUACCUGGUCGUUGGUGAAGGAGCUGGAAGAUUUACAGGAUAAACAGGACGAGAUCACCAGCAAACUGGCAGACCUACAUCUUGAAAAAUAUAACUUCCCUGUGGAGAUUAUGAUCUGCCUGCCCAAUGGCACCGUGGUUCACCACAUCAAUGCCAAUUAUUUUCUGGAUAUUACUUCUAUGAAGCCUGAAGAAGUUGAGAGCAGCAUCUUUAGUUUCUCCUCCAGUUUUGAAGACCCCUCAACAGCAACUUAUCUCCAGUUCUUGAAGGAAGGACUUCAGAAAGCCAAGUCCUACCUGUAGCCCCUAACACCCAGAAGCAAACAAGUGCUCUCCUCUUCAUCCAACACGAUUGUUACAGUUCUUCUUCUUGUGUUUUUGGAGCUCAGGAUUAACACAGUAUUGAAAAGCAAAUGUAUGUAUGUAAAUGAAAACUCUCCAAACCAGUAAGUGUUCCUUGGAAAUAUGAAGUCUGAAAUUUCCUGAAUAAUGUGAGGGAUGCUGCCUGGACAUCUUUCUUAGUGGUAAAUGGUGGGGUUAUUCUGAAUCUAGACAGGCUACAAGAGACGGAGUUUUGAAGACAAUAUAGUGCAAAAGAUGGAGACAGAUUCUGAGACUGCAAUGAGAUACCAGCAGGUUGCAUUUUUGACUCCUUUGGUGUAGUUAAAACUUGGUGAGUUGAUUCCUGAAUGAGAUGCCAUCAUUUCAACAUCAAACUAGACCCUUUUAGGACCCUGAGUUUAUAGUGUAUGGGCAUUAGAAGUUUUAAGUUGCUGUUUGGUGUCAGAGGACCUCAAGAAGCCAUAUAUGUAUCUUUUAAGUUCAUAAAUAGCAGGCAGGAUUUGUAUCUGUGUGUCUCUUGCUGAUGCUUGCAGGAUCCCUUUGAUGCUAUUAUGUGGAUCAAUCCCUAAAUUCAGAGUUUCCCAAUUUGUUACCCUCCAAGAUGCUGCAUCAGGACAGUACCCUCCUGGCUGGGAAUUUUGUGAGUUGUCUCAUCCACAAACCAUCAACAUGGUCAUCCUCAAGCCACCAAAGCCUCCACAUUCCUGUUGACUAUUCCUCUCAAGCCAGAUUUAGUCCCAAAGUCUCCAUUAAUGAAUCCUUUACCAUCACAUCAAGAAUACUGUUAUCUUGCACUGCUUUAAGCACAUACAAUAUAUGAAAUGCAUUCCCAGGGAUAGUGUGCUAUCCGACAUCAAGCCUUUGGAAGUGCUUACUGAAGUUUCUUGUCACAGGAAUACAACAGCGGUACAGUUGUUGAUAUCUGAGAUGGUCUUCAAAAUAGGGCCACACAACCCCAUUUUUCUCUCUUUGCUACUAUAUGUACUGCACAUUAAUUUCUCAUGUUUCUAAUUUCUUAAUUGGGGGAAAAGACAUGUGAAUACAAUUGAGAGCAGGAUCAUUCAGAGACAAGCACUAUAUCCUAAAACCCAAAAGAAAUUAUAUUUCUGUUCUCUCUUGAUAAGCCCAUGAUUGAUGAUGAUAAUGAUGAUGAUGUUAUCCAUUCAGUCAUGUCCAAUUUUUGCCAGUUCUGUGGAUCAGAUCUCUCCACGCCUUCAGAACUUGCACUGCUUUUUUGAGUCGUUCUAUGCUCUCUGGCUGGUAUCAGCUUUGACGGUGUCCGGCCAUGUUCUUUGGUGGCCUGGUUUCCUUUUACUGCAAACUCUUCCAAACAUAAUAGCUUUCUCAGGUGAAUUCCCCUUUGUCUUGUUCACAGAAUUUUAUAUUGGAUCCCAAAUGAUGUCUCUUUCUUUUAAUUUUGUUAUCAUGUUUUGUUUUGUUUUUUAGGAUUUGUUUCAACAAUAGGUUGGGGGUUUUGUUACCAGAAAAGAAAAUCUGUAGAAGAUACAUAGCUCAUAGAAGAUAUUUUGGGAAUGAAGAAAGAGUUAUACUCUUGUUGGGUUUGUUGUUUAAAUAAUGAAAAAGAGAGCCAGUAUUUUUUAUAAACAAAUGUGUUCAGUUUCUGAUUUAGGCACUCUGAGUGGUCAAGCCACCAUCUAGAUUGAAAUCAACACACUAUUAAAAGUCAAAUUUCUUUUUUCUCUUUGAUUAAAGUUACAAAAUAACCUACCAAUAUUAAGCUUAGCACAUCACACAUGCUCUGAAGUCACUUACAAAGUCUUUACUAUAGAAGCAGCAUGUGGUGAAGAAGGUGGUGACUAAGGAUAGCCUCAGCAAUCUUCACAUGCUUUUAUUUUUCUUUUAGAAACCUCUUUAUAUGAUUUAAAUGUUGCAUAAUCUAGGUCUUUGUAUUCAUAUGACAGCCUGCUCUUGUUCGUCUCUUGAUAGCUCUUAAUCUAUGCUCUCCUAAAUUUUUAAUCAGUUUGGAACAUUUCCAUAUAUCCCUAAUUCCCUUCUUGGGAGAUUCUGUGAUCAUCAUAACUCUUUCUACUUAGUUCUAUGUUGCCAUCCUUUGCCUCUGAGUUCCUUAUGCCUUUGUAGUUCUGCAUUAGCAUCACAUAUUCAAGGAAACACAGGAGAGUCAACAACCAGUCCCUUCUAUCUCCUAAUCAUUGGUGGCAUUAGUGGAAAGAUGACCUGUGUGCACAUACACACUUACCUGCAGUGGAAAGCCGUAAAGUUUUGCGGAAUAUUCCCUUGUGAGCUGAACUCCCAACAGGUGCAUGGCACCAUGGAUGGAACUAUGGAAUUCAACUAUAAUAGUUGAAUUUCUGUGUCACGUUAACUCAAAAGCAAGCCAAUGACCUUGAGUGUGUUCACACAUUGACGAAAUGGGGUUUGCCUCAUAUGCAAACUCCACUGAUGGGUUGCAAAUCAUGAUUUACACAUGGCUUGUUCAGCAAACUGUAGAUCAACAAUCUGUGAACUCAGCCUAUGUGACCAAGCCUUAUUUGUCAAUCCAUGUGUUAAAGUGGAGCUUAGAUUUUUAAUAAUUGUCACUCAAGCUAUUGGUCAUAACAGCUGUUACCAAUAAUAGCUAUUGUCACUUUCAUAUAUUAAUCUUUUAAAAAUGUAUGCUGUUAAGUUCUGUGACAGAGAAACCCCACAGGUGCAUCAGUAUUGUACUUAAUUUGUGUGUGUUAGUAUAAUGUGGAGCUUUAUUAAGCCAGUUUUUAAAGGCAGUAGCCAAAGCAGUAACUAAUUUUAUACUACUGCAAAUUGGAGGGAGCCUAAUUUUAGAACACAGGGCUGCUGUCAUGCUUUAAUGUGAAAGAAACCAAGGGAAACAUGUUCACAUUAAUUCUGUAAAUCCAAAGAGGGUAGCUUUUUUUUUCCUGGAGAAGGUUCACACCUGGCCUUUGAAUGGAACAUUGGGAGUUGCAUUCCUAAAAGGAGAGUGAAACUAGGAUAAAAACCACGUUUCAUUUAUAUCUCAAUGUAAUUACCAUUGAAUAUAGGUGCUUGGGGAAAGCCACAUUUAUGGCAUUUAAUUUAAAAGUGCUUAGGGAAUCAUGUAUUAAGAAUUUCCCCCUAAAUUGCCAUUUAGUGAUAAUGUUUGAAAAUUGGGGGAGGGGGCGUUGUUUACAGGCAAGGUUUGUGCUUCUUUUCUGUGAAGAAGCAUUCCUGAAAUCUUAAGGUGUUUUAGAUGCAUUCAGAAAGAAUGCCAAAUAUUUAUGCUGAUUGCCAAGCACUCAAACCAUCUUUGUAAGACCUUGGGUUUUAUCCAAAGUUAAGGCAAUGGAAUUGAGCAGACAUUUAGUAAUUUUUAUGGUUAUGGAUGGUUUUACUCAGUAGUGGGAUUCAAAUAAUUUAACAACCAGUUCUCUACCCUAAUGAUUUCUUCCAACAACCAGUUCACCAAACUGCUUAGAAAGUUAACAACCAGUUCUCCCGAAGUGGUGCGAACUGGCUGAAUCCCACCACUGGUUUUACUGCAGGAAAUUCUGCUUCCUUUCUGCAGUAAUCACCACACCCUCAAUAUUUGAAAAACAAUUUUUAAAACAUUUUAAUUUCCCCGAUUCUUUCUCCUGCUUGAAUGUAUGAAAUUGGCUUACAUUGUGAGACAGAUCAUGGGUUAGUCCCGUGAACAAAAGUCAAGAGGUUUCAAUUCAAUUCCCAGCAUUCUCCAGAUAAGACUGGAAAAGCUGCUGCCUGAAAUACUGGGAGCCAUUGAGUGCUAUUAGUUGUUACAUUUAUCCACAGUUAACUGAAUCUUGGUUUGUAGAACACGUGCACACUAAACCGCAAACAAGCCGAGCACACUUCAACCUAAUGGGUAGUGGGGAUUUUACUAGUACCAGACUAAACUGAGCCAAAUGGCAGGGUUUUUUUUAUAUUUCUGUGUACACAAAACAACAUUAAUAGACCAAAAUCAGAGUUAUUCUCUUGUUUCCCUACCCAAGAUUCAUUAUAGGUUGAUAUUUCUGACUAAAUCUGGAAUUUGGGGACUUCAGAGAAAAUGGACGUUUACUUCUGUUGGAUGUUGAUGAGGGUUGUGUAAACUUAAGAGCAAGAAUGUCCAACUUUGGCAAUUCUAAGACCUAUGGAUUUCAACUCCCAGAAUUUCCCAGCCGGACAUGCUGGGUGAGGAAUUCUGGGAGUUAAAAUCCCCAAGUCUUAAAGUUGCCAAGGUUGGACACCCUAUUUCAGAGAUACCUUACUAGAAGAUACCUUUCACCCUACUUCAAAACCGAAUGCAGAGACUUGGUCGCAUGUUUGUAUGCCAUUUUGUCCCAUCAUGUACCACUGUGUACUUUCAAAGGCUGUGUAAGGUUUUAUAUUCUUGGAAGCUUCUGCGCAUUUCCUGUCUCACCCUCUGACUUUAAUUUGAUCCUGAUUUGCUGUAGUUUGUGCGGGCAAACACAUUAUUGAAAAGAACUAAUGGUGUUCUUGGAAAAGAACCUUCUCUGUGGAAAGUUAUUUAAUGCUGCCAACUUGUAUCAGAA